CGACAGCAGAAGAAGAAAUGAGGAAGUGUCAUGUAGGUUGUAAACAAUCAUCAUUAUUAUCAUCAUCAUCCCGGCCGUGUUGUGAAUGGAAUCCUCUAUUUGAAGUGUCGACGUGUUCGGGCUGUCUGCGGGCACUAUGCCGUACCUGGGCAGUGAGGACACGGUGAGGGAGCUGAGGAGAGUCCUGUCCAACCCCAACGUCCAGUCUGACCCGCUGCGCUACAGGAACACCAUCCUCAGAGUCAUCAGGUUGAUGUCGCAGGGUGUAGAUGUAUCAGGUCUGUUCAGUGAGUUGGUAAAAGCAUGUGCCACAGUGGACAUAGUCCAGAAGAAACUGGUCUAUGUCUUCCUGUGUUCCUAUGCCACUUUAAACCCAGAGCUGUCUCUACUGGUCAUCAACACACUGAGGAAAGACUGUCAGGAUUCAAACCCGAUGGUCCGCAGCCUGGCCCUGAGGAACAUGACCAACCUUAGGUUGCCCAGUCUGGUGGAGUAUGUGGAGCAGCCCCUGACAGCAGGGCUGAGGGAUAGAGCAGCUUGUGUACGACGAGUGGCUGUACUCGGCUGGGCCAAACUACACAAUCUCCAACCUAAUGCUGAGAUCGAUGCUGCAGUGGUGAACGAGCUAUACAGCCUGCUGAGGGACUCUGACCCGGUGGUGAUGGUGAACUGCCUCCGUGCUCUGGAGGAAAUCCUUAAAGACGAAGGAGGGGUCGCUAUUAACAAACCCAUCACCCAUCAUCUCCUAAACAGGCUAAAGGAAUGUGACGUUUGGGGUCAGUGUGAGGUGCUGAGGAUCCUCCAGCGCAACCGGCCUCAGUCAGAGGAUGAGCUCUUUGACAUCCUGUCUCUGCUGGACGCCUCCCUGGUCAGCCCUCACCCCCCGGUCAUGGCCGCCACCUUCAGCCUCUUCCUCAGCCUCUGUUCCGGUUUCCCAGCAGUCAGUCUGGCAGCUCUGGAGCGAGUACGGGCACCACUGCUGGCCGCCUGUGGGAGUAUGUCCAGAGAGAUGAGGUUCACCGCCCUCUGCCACAUACAGUUGCUGUUGCGUUCUCAUCCUGGCCUGAUGGGGGCGCACUACAAACGUUUCUUUUGUGGUUAUGCUGAACCAGCCUACAUCAAACAAAGGAAGAUGCAGGUGCUGGUGGAGCUGGUGAAUGAUGAAAAUGUAGCAAUGUUACUGGAUGAGCUGAAAGGAUACUGCACUGAUGUCAACACUGACACAGCCCAGGCUGCAAUAUCAGCUAUAGGUCGUAUUGGACGGAGCUACAGUGACAGAUGUCUAGAGAUCCUCACAGGACUACUCGGGCUCAAACAGGAACACAUCACUUCAGCGGUGGUGCAGACAAUGCGGGACCUGGUCUGGGUGUGUCCUCAGUGUAGCAGCACUGUGUGUUUGGCUCUUGAGGGCUGUGAGGAGACACUGCAGGACAGCCAGGGCAGGCAGGCCUUGCUGUGGCUGCUGGGAGUGUAUGGGGAGCGAGUCUCCAGCACCCCCUACACGCUGGAGGUGUUCAUCGAUGGAAUAAGGAGUGAGACCUCUCUGGGAGUCAAGAUGGAGCUGCUGACGGCCACCAUGAGGCUGUUUUUGUGCCGGCCUGCUGAGACUCAAGACAUGCUCGGAAGACUGCUGCACUACUGCAUAGACGAGGAGACAGACAUGUGCGUGCGUGACCAGGCACUUCUCUACUACCGCCUGUUGCAUUGUGGGAUGGAAGAGACACAAAAGGUCCUACAGGGUUGGAGGUCAGAUCCUUCCCUGGGUGUUCUGAUUGGCCGCCCCGCAGAGCCUGUCAGCCAGUGGGCACGCAGCUUUAACACUCUGGAGCCUCUAAGGCAGAGCGCUGUGGAGACAGAGUCAGUCAGCAGGGGAAGCCCUGAACACGUGACCUUUGCGCCCAAGCCGAACACUGUCCUGUCAGACACCCUAAACUCUAGCCAAGUUGAGAAGGUUCAUGCAGGCUCAGACAGCGCCAAUUGGUGUACAGAAUCAUCUGCUGACGUCCUGGCGUCCGACGCCAUCGCCCCCCUCAGUUUGUCCCUCUCCCCGGCUCUCAGCCCAGAGGAGUUCGAGCACCUGUGGCUGCAGCGACAGGGUUUGCAUGUUGAGCACGGUGCUAAGGACAGAGACGAGAGGAAGGAUUAUGCGUGUGUGGAAGAACACAUCCAAUGCCCUGCGAUACCUCACUGUUCCCCACAAGGCCUUCAGGCUGCAAUGCAACUGGUCAAUAUCCAGACGUUGGCCUUCACGCCGCCACACACGCUCCCCUGGAGGGUCUACCUGUACACACACACCCAGCACACACGCUCUGCUGACACGCAGCAUAGCACGCUCAUCCUGGGGGAGCUGCUGUACACUGGAGAGGCGAAUCGGAAAGUAGGAGGGGAGAGAGGCGUGUGUGACAGAGAGACUGCUGAUAAAAUGGUGGAGGACGGGGAAGAAGAACAGGCGAAACAGAAAGAAGAAGCAACAGUCGAAGGGCUGAACUGGAGAAAGUCGGUGAGGAGAGGUGGAGAGGAAAAGGAAGUAAAAGUGACUCUGAAGCAGCAACCAAGAGACGACGAAGCUUUGAGGGGGUUUCUCUCCGUCCUCACCACUGUACUGCACACGCUGUCCUCAGAGAGAGCUUAAAUAUGCAUCAUGCACACAAACACACAUCAUUGUACUUCUGUCCUUAUAUGGACAGACUCUGACACCACUUACUCCCUUAUCAUAACUGUAAACUAACUAGCCCCUUUUAGAAGAAAGCCCCGGCAAAAAAAAAAAAAACCCUUACUUUGUAUAAAGCUCAAACAAGGGUACAGGAAACAUAAUGUAUGUAGAUGAAUGGGAAACCACUUACACAUGCUUUCCUUUACAUCUUUCACAUUUUAAGUUGUAUCAGCUGAAAUAAUUGUUGAAGUAAGAAUGGAGCCUUUUCAGGGGGACAAAACAUGAGUUAACAAAAGAGCACUCAGUGGAGAAGGCCAUUAAUCCUCCUCACUUUACUGUUAUUAUCACAGUCAAGCCGUAAUAAAUAGAUCAAAGAAUAGUUCAGGUCAGAUCAUGUUUGGCCUGGUGAGGGCACUAUGGAGGACUUGUCUCACUGCACCAAAGUCAACAGUGUUUUUCCUCUUGGGGCUGAGAGAUUACUAUGUUGCAUACAUACGAACACAUGCCCUGGUGGAGGUAAUCAUGCAAAGAGGGAAUGUUUGUAUGUUCACAUAGCUGAGCAAUGAGCAAGGCAGGGCUCCCGAAACUGAAAGUUGUCAUGCAUGUUUUUGUGUGACACCUACUAGCCCCGCCCUUUAAACGUAGAUUAUAUUUUACUUGAAACAUGUUUUGUGUGCUUAAGACCGAAAGUGAAACACAUUAACUGGUUUAAAAUAAUAAUAAUAAUAAUAAAAACCUCCCUCCUGCGUU